UAAAAUGUCGAAUAUUUUUUCGCUCUUCAAAUUUUGAAUUUCAAAAUGGAUUAUGAUGUGUUUAUAUGUGGUUUUGAUAAAACUUUUAAGUUCAUUCUGGUGGAAAUUUAAUAGACAUUCUAUAUGAGUCCCAAGAAAAGUGAUAAACCAAAGAGGAAGAAAUCAAACAGACAAAACACAAGUGGUGAGACGAACUUUGCAUGUACCGGUGUUUUGGGUGGAUAUUGUUCAUACUCUAAUACAUGCAGCUCGUUAGGAGGGCAUGUAGAGAAACUGCCUGUAAGGUGUAGAUGUGGUAAAGCAUGCUGCAAAUGUACUGACACAUGUCCUGGUGGUUCUACAUGUAUGAGUGAAGAUGAAACCUGUGAUGGAAUGCAAGAUACAAACGACUGUUGUGGCAACAGGUUUUGUUGUACACCUACAGCACAGUCUACCACACCUUCUUCCACAACACAGACUACCACACAACAAUGUGUGAUAAAUUGUCCAAAAGUUUGUGUGGCCGAAUGUUUGCCAACUGAUACAGUGGAAGGAGAGUGCUGUGGAUUUAUAUGUUGAUGAGAGUAGAUAUUUUCUUGAUAAAUAACGAUAAAUAAUACAAUAACUGACAGUGACAUAAUGACAGCAUCUUUUGCAUUUUCAGCAGAGACGGUCGGGGCUCUGACGCAUAGAAACGGAAUCUUGAAGCCGACAGAAGACAGAAGACAACAUUUUGU